AUGGGUGGAAAGGUUGCUAUGCAUCUCUCUUCUACCAUGGAAUCCAUUCCUCCUCGAGAAUCUUUUCCAAAACUCCAAGCCCUCAUACUUCUUGCGCCUGCUCCUCCUACGCCUCUGAUUCUUCCCGAGGAAAUGACAAAGCAGCAGUUGACAGCCUAUGAUAGCAUUGAAGCUGCUACUUUCGUCAUUGCUCAUGUUCAGUCCUCUUCACCUCUUUCUGAACAUGUGGUUAGUAGUUUAGCUACGAAUGCGCUAGCUGGCAACCAGGAUGCGAAAGCAGCAUGGCCGAAAUAUGGGAUGCAAGAGAAUACAUUGAAAGAGGCGAGGAACAUCGCUUUGCCGACGUAG